UUUUUUCUUGAAAAGAGUAUGGCGCAACAAAUGGAUGGCCAGUCGCAAAUAAAUAAAGCCCGAUUCCCAACCGACUCCAACAGUUCCCAACAUGUCGCCAUAUCGCUCGGAGUUCUCCCCAUCGGAGCAGUCGACCAUCGACGCGGAAUUCUCUAGAUUGGCCAAGAACAAGAGUGUUUACCUGGAUCAUGCUGGCACCACGCUCUAUGCCGAGAACCAGGUGAAAGCCGCCGCGGAGCAACUGCAGCGGAAUGUCAUCUGCAAUCCGCACACCUGCCGCAUCACCGGCGACUUCGUGGACCAGGUGCGAUUCAAGGUGCUGGAAUUCUUCAACACCACCGCCGAGGAUUACCAUGUGAUCUUCACGGCGAAUGCCACCGCUGCCCUGUCCCUGGUGGCGGAAAACUUUGACUUCGGAUCGUCGGGAGACUUUUACUUCUGCCAGGAGAAUCACACCUCGGUGUUGGGGAUGCGCGAAAGGGUCCAGGCAAAUGGUAUAUACAUGCUGAAGGAAGAUGAAAUCUCUGGCGAAUUGGCCAAGCAGAACGGAAAAAUGGUUCAGGAGGGAUCCAGGAAAAUGGGAAACUCCCUGGUUACCUUUUCCGCCCAAUGCAACUUUAGUGGCUACAAAAUCCCCCUAGAAGCCAUACGGAAAAUCCAAAACAAUGGUCUGGCCAAGGCGGGCAAGCAAGUCUGGGGUUCUAAGGGCGAGAAGAAGGAUAGGACCCACAACGAUUACUAUAUCUGCCUGGAUGCCGCCUCUUUCGUGGCCACCAGUCCCUUGGAUCUGCAAAAAUACCAUCCCGACUAUGUGUGCCUUAGUUUCUACAAGAUCUUCGGUUAUCCCACGGGCGUGGGAGCCUUGCUGGUGAGUCGACGAGGAGCCGAGGCCUUCGGGAAGCGUCGUUUCUUUGGCGGCGGCACCAUCAACUACGCAUAUCCCCAUGCCAUGGACCAUCAGCUCAGGGAGAACUUCCACCAGCGCUACGAGGAUGGCACCCUGCCUUUUCUCUCCAUUGUUGGAUUGCUCGAGGGGUUUCGUACUCUAAAGCGACUGGUUCCCAAAACGGGGGAGCUCAGCACCAUGGAGAGGAUUUCUAGGCACGUCUUUGGCCUGGCCCAGUACCUGGAGGACCAGCUGAAGCAGCUCAAGCAUCCCAAUGGCGAGCCCCUCAUCCGGCUGUACAAUAAAGUGGGCUACCUCGAUAAGUCCCGUCAGGGUGGAAUCGUGGCCUUCAAUGUGCUCACGGAAUCGGGCUCGUAUGUGGGAUUCGGUGAAAUGGCCUGUGUGGCCGCACUGCAUGGCAUCCUUCUGCGUACCGGAUGCUUCUGCAACAUCGGAGCCUGUCAGUACUACCUUGGUCUCGAUGAAGAUGCCAUGGAUGCGAUUUACAAGCGAGCGGGUCGCAUAUGCGGUGACUACUUUGACCUGAUCGAUGGCAAGCCGACGGGAGCGGUGCGUGUGUCCUUUGGCUACAUGACCACCAUCCAGGAUGUGGAGGAGCUGCUUAAGAUGCUGCGCUCCAGCUACUUGGGCACCAGGCCGCAGCAACGCAUUCAGUUCAUCGAGGAGCAGGCGGACCAACUGCCACCGUUGCUGAAGCAGCGAGUCCAGCAGCUGAGACCGAAACUCCUGCAAAUGGCCAUAUAUCCGGUGAAGUCCUGCGCCGCCUUCAAGAUCGAAUCGCCGGGCUCAUGGCCACUAACGGAUCAGGGUCUUAAAUAUGACCGGGAAUGGAUGAUUGUGGACAUGAAUGGCAUGGCGUUGACCCAGAAACGCUGCACGGAAUUGUGCCUGAUAAGGCCAGUGAUUAGGGCUGACCAGUUGGAGCUGCAGUUUGGAGCCGACUCCUCUGUCUCAGUGCCCCUUUCUCUGGAGGAUCAGGCAGCCGACUCGGCGAAAUGCGUCAGCAAGGUGUGCCGACAGCCCGUGGAGGGUCUGGAUUGUGGCGACGAGGUUGCCCAGUGGUUGAGUCAAAACCUGGGGCUGGAGGGCAUCCGCUUGCUCCGGCAAUCUGGCCAGAGAAACUCCUCCAAGGAUCGGCAGAAGCUGAGUCUGGUCAAUCAAGCCCAGUUCUUGCUGCUGAACAAAUCUUCGGUGCGAUCUCUUCAGUUCGAGGAACCCCUCGACGAGACGGUGGAUCGCUUUCGAGCCAAUAUCAUCAUCGAUACGGGCUGUGCCUUCGAGGAGCUGGCCUACAAGGCCCUGACUAUUGGGGGCCUCCGGUUUCAGGUGGAGGGUCCCUGCCAGCGCUGUGAUAUGAUAUGUAUUAAUCAAAGGACCGGCGAACGAUCACCGGAAACCCUGACCACAAUAUCCCGCCUGCAGCAAGGUCGCAUGCGAUUUGGCAUCUAUAUCACUAGGAUUCCCGAGGACCAACCAGACUUGGAGGUCAAGGAGCAGCACAUGACCUGCGGCGAUAUUGUCGUGGUGGAAUAAUUUCUUUUCAUACAUAUAACAUCUUUAUAAUUACUUAAUUUUCUUGCCAAAUAUUUGUUUAGUUUUAAAAGUAUUUCGUUUAUUUUUCAGAAUGUCCAAAUAUCAAAAUAUGUAAUUGAUAUAUAUUGAUAAUCCCCAAAAUAUUUCCUAACUAUAAUUAGGAUAUGCAACCCUUUUGAUAAUAUUUCAUGACUUAGCAUUUAGUUUGUUUCUGAACAUUCUUAUACAAGCCUUUACGCAUAGUUUAAGCUCAAAGUAACCGGAUACCUCUUGCCAGUGUCUUAAGCCUUUGAAAGGCCUUCAUUGCAGAAUAAACACAAUCAAAUCAA